AGUUCAUAAUAGCAUUGGCUGUAUGUUUGGGGUCAUUGUUCUGCUGCAGAAGCCAAUCCGACAGUCUUCCUGAUCGUACUGCAUAAUAAACCACCUCUGGCCAGACUUCUCCAGACAGUAAAGGGUUGUACCUGGGUCCCACUGGUUUCUGCUAGUUCUUGGUUGAUUGCACUGCUGGACAUCUUCUGAUGUUGAAGGGAUUUGGGAAGAUGGUUUUCACACCCAAACUACACCAGUUUUGCCUGUUAGCCACUUGUUGGAUUGGAGGAAUCUUCUCUUGCCUGUUAUUUUUUCAGUAUACCUUGCCAAGAUGUACACCUCAAACAAUUCCUCCUUAUCAGCCCAAUGUUUACAAGAGUGCAAACAUCUCUGAUCCUAUUACCACUACAACCACUACAUCAACGACAACAUCUACAACACCUACAACAACUACAACAACUACAACAACUACAACUGCUCAGCCUAAGGAGGAAAAACCCAUCCUGCUGGUGUGGUUCUUGCCUGAAAACUACCAGUGGGACUUUAAUGACUGUAAAACAAUAUACAACAUGGACAACUGCCAAUUGACUUUAGACAGAAACCUUUACAGCCAAGCGGAUGCAGUCCUUGUUUUUCAUAAAGCUAUCAGCUGGGAUUUGUCCAACCUUCCACCAUCCCCUCGGCCUCCAUUUCAAAAAUGGAUCUGGUUCCAUGUAGAAUCGCCAACCAACACGCCAAAGAUCCCAGGCUUGGAGAAUCUUUUUAACCUCACCAUGACCUACAGACGGGAUGGUGACAUUUCUGUGAGGCAUCGACUGAUGAUCAGCAAAAAGCCAAACGAAAACAUUGUAAUUCCAAAGAAGGACAAGCUUCUCUGCUGGUUUGUGUCAAAUGUCAACCCUAAUACUGGAGUAGGGACCAGGAUGAAUUACUACAACGAGUUAAAGAAGUACAUCAAUGUGCAAGUUUUUGGACGCAUGGCUGGAGCACGCAUGAACGAUGACGACUAUUAUCCCACCAUGGCUACUUGUAAAUUCUACCUAGCUUUUGAGAACUCCAUUCACAAGGAUUACUUUGUGGAGAAAUUAAAUGGUCCUCUUGCAGCUGGGACUGUCCCUGUCGUCAUGGGACCCCCGAGACAAAAUUAUGAAGAAUUUGUUCCGGGUAAUUCCUUUAUUCACGUUGAAGACUUCCCCAAUGCUGAAGCUCUGGCUAAAUAUCUGCUUCAGCUGGACAAAGAUGAAGAAGCCUAUAAGCACUACUUUGACUGGAGAAAGCAUUUGACCGCAAAACCUCAUCUAGUACAUUGGAAUCAAGAGUUUACCAUGUAUAUCUGUCAAGCCUGUGAAUAUGUUGGUAGGCACAAAGAGUAUAAAGCUGCACAUAACAUCUACAAAUGGUGGUUUUCAUAAAGAAGUUGUUUAAUAGUUUUAUGCUAUUUUAAACCAUACAGGCAGAACAUUCUUUAAGUUGGUAAUGUUGCCUAAAAAAAUGUCUAAAAAUAAUUAUUGAUAACUUUCUAUUCUAUUUGUUACAUUUUGAACAUACAAUGCAUGUUAAUUGGUACAUAUUUAUAAUUUUACUAUCCUGAAGUAUUUUUUUUUAAAUACAAAUGUUUUUGUUUUGAAAAUUUACAAGCUGUUUUCAUAGUUUUAAACAUGGUAUGGUUGGUUCACUGUAUUAAUUUAGUGAUGCCAUUUUUAUGAAUUAAAAAAAGGCAAUACAUAUUACAAUUAAACAUCUUGGAGAACUAACCACAAAUUGUCUGUGGAUGGAGGCUGCUUCAAAUCCUUCUGUCUCUCUAUGUAAUCCCAUACAGACUUAAUGAUGUGAAGAUCAGGACUCUGUGGGGGCCAAACUAUUACUUCCAGGACUCCUUGUUGUUCUGUACAUUGAAAAUAAUUCUCAAUGACAUUAGCUAUACGUUUAAGGUUGUUGUCCUGCUGCAGAAUAAAUUUGGAGCCAAUCAGAUGCUUCUCUAAUGGUA